AUGGAGUUACUCAUUUGUAUUAAAACUUUUACGUUUAUCCUUUUAGUAUGGAUAUGUCAGUUUUGGCAUAACACGGGAUUGAGCAGGAAAACUACGGACAAGGAACUUAACGUGGUAGACCCCCCAGUGGAGGCGUUAACCCGUCGGUUGCUCUCCCAAAGUGAAAGUGGGGAUGAUGAUAAUUUUUCCGUGUUUGGUGCAGGAGAGGGGAUAAAAAGUAUGCUAAAGAAUGUGAAGGAGCUAAUCAACCUUAACGAGCUGGAGGAAAAGCUGAACGUUAAGAAGCUGCAAGAACUUGUGAAUAUCAACGAUUUGCAGGAAAGGUUCAACGUUAAAAAGCUGCAAGAAGUUAUGAAGCUGAGCGAUUUGGAGGAAAAGCUCAACGUUAAGAAGCUGCAAGAGCUGGUGAAGCUAAAGGAGCUGAAAGAACUGAAGGAGAAAAUAAAGUUGGAGGAAAUUAAAGAAAAAAUGAAAUUAAGCAAAUUAGAAGAAAUAGUAAAUUUGAAUGAACUUAGAGAAAAAAUAAACUUGGAUCACAUUAAGGAAAAAAUAAAAGCCGAGAAACUUGAAGAAAUAUUUAAACUGCAAGAAAUUAAAGAAAAAGUAAAUUUGGAGGAAUUAAAAAAAAGCAUGAAAUUAGACAAACUAGAAGAUAUGAAAGAAAAAAUAAAAUUAAUGAAAUUGGAAGAAUUAAUUAAAUUGAAAGAGUUGGAAGAGAUGCUGAAAGUGAAUGAGUGGGAUGGAAAAAUUAAAUCAAAAUAUAAGAUCGUCAAAAAAGGAGUCUUAUCUACUUUGAAGAAGAAUAAAUUUAUUUAUACAAAGUUACAGUGGGCGCAUAAGCAUGUGCAAAGGGCCGACUCCUAUCUUGAGAAGAAAAUAUUCAAAGAGCUCUGCUACAUUGAUAAGUCGAAGGAUGACCCUAACAUUGAUUCGGACACCUACACCAAGAUACAGCUCACCAGCUACGGAAAGUUGUUGGCACUGCCGCUUCUGGUGUUAUUGAUCGGGUUCAUCUGUUUUUCGGCUAAAAACGCAUACGUAUGGGUAGUGAUAUUCUGCGGCCUAGCUGCUGCGAAGUUUGCCUAUCUCUUCUUCAAAACGAUAAAGUAUGAACUCUCCGGCGUGGGGGUGCCUAAACCUACCAUGAAAGAAUAUUACCGUGCGAGUAAAUUUUACCUGUUGUGA